CGUCACACCUGGAGGGAGUCUCCCCAUCGCACCAACAUAUUUCGACCCACCCUAAACAGUGGUAGACGAGCUGUUAACAUGUCAACCACUGCCAUUCGCCUUCGAGCGCAAUGGCUGGCUACGCGACGGCCGCUCUCUACACGCUGCAUGCUGAACAAGCCCACCAUCCAGACCCGACCAUAUCACAUCUCGCCCGCCCAGCCGGACUCUGCACACACACGCACGCGAGGCUUCUACUCCAGCGCCCCACGAGACAGUGAGCUCGAGGUCAAGAGCCAUGACUCCUCCAUCUUCGCACCGCUCGACACCUUCCCACGCCGCCACAUUGGCCCCACCGCCACCACCACCGAGGAGAUGCUCCAGGCUCUCGACCCACCCGUGAAGAGCUUGGAUGAGUUUGUGAAGCAGGUUCUGCCCGAGUCUAUUCUCACCACCAAGGACCUCAAUGUCGAGGGACCUGUGCCAGAGUCGGGCUCAGUGCCCACGACUGAGGGCGGCUUCUCCGAGAGCCAGUUAUUGGCUCGAUUGCGUGAGAUUGCGGGCGAGAACAAGGUCUACAAGUCCUACAUUGGGUGUGGCUACGCCGGAACUCGUGUGCCAGAAGUGAUCAAGCGCAAUAUCUUGGAGAAUCCUGCCUGGUACACCAGCUACACGCCCUACCAGCCAGAGAUUAGUCAGGGAAGAUUGGAGUCGCUGCUGAACUUCCAGACCAUGGUGACGGAUCUCACAGGACUCGCCAUUGCCAAUGCCUCCCUCCUCGAUGAAGCUACUGCUGCAGCAGAGGCGAUGACGCUCGCGAUGAACACCAUUCCCGCUUCUCGACUGAAGAAGAUGGAGAAGAAGGUGUGGCUGGUAUCUCAUCUCGCCCACCCACAGACUAUCGCUGUGCUGGAGAGCCGCGCGCAAGGGUUUGGUAUCACCAUUGAAGUAGCGGACAUUCUUGCAGACGGGUGCAAGCGGGUCGACGAGCUCAGUAACAGCCUGUUGGGCGUCCAGGCGCAGUAUCCAGACACCCUCGGAGGAGUCGCCGACUACAAGAACCUGGCUGACAAAGUGCACCAGUAUCAGGGCACGUUUGCUGUAGGCACUGACCUGCUUGCUCUGACUUUGCUCACACCUCCUGGCGAAUUUGGUGCCGAUGUUGCCUUUGGGAAUGCUCAGCGCUUCGGUGUGCCUUUCGGCUUUGGUGGUCCACACGCUGCCUUCUUCGCUGUCAGCGACAAGCACAGUCGCAAGAUUCCUGGACGUCUCAUCGGUCUCUCCAAGGAUCGUCUUGGCAACAACGCUGCUCGUCUGGCUCUGCAGACACGUGAGCAGCACAUUCGAAGAGAAAAGGCAACCAGCAAUGUGUGCACUGCCCAGGCUCUUCUGGCCAAUAUGAGCGCCAUGUAUGCUGUCUAUCACGGUCCACACGGUCUGAAGAAGAUUGCAGAAAAGGUUGCAAAGAUGACUCAAGUGCUUGCAAAGGGUCUUGAGAGCGGCGGUCUGGAAGUGCGUCAACCCGUCGCCUUUGAUACUGUGGUGGUGAGGAAGCAUGAUGCUCCUGGCUUCGCUGCCAAGUGUGUGUCCAACUUCUUGACCAACUUCCGUGUGAUUGACGACGAUCACAUCGGUAUCACCAUCGACGAGACUGUGGGCAAGAAGCAGAUUGAUCAGAUCUUCAAGGCCUUUACGACUGAUGCGAUUGACAUUGAGGGACUCGCGCAGGGUGUUGAAGCCAAUGCUCAAGUUCCCAAGUCACUUAAACGGACAUCUGCAUUCCUCACUCACCCGGUCUUCAACUCCUACCACUCCGAGACGGAAAUCUUGCGCUACAUGCACCACUUGCAGUCCAAGGAUCUAUCUCUGGUGCACUCCAUGAUUCCUCUCGGGUCAUGCACCAUGAAGCUGAACGCGACGACGGAAAUGAUUCCCAUCACCUGGCCCGAGUUUGCCAACAUUCAUCCUUUUGCGCCGAGUGAGCAGACCAAGGGCUAUCAAACUCUGAUUAAGGAAUUGGAGGACGAUCUUGCAGAGAUUACCGGUUUCCACUCCGUUUCGCUACAGCCGAACUCUGGUGCCCAGGGAGAGUUCACUGGUCUUCGUGUGAUUCGCAAGUUCCAGGAGCAGCAGCCGGGCAAGAAGCGUGAUAUCUGCCUGAUUCCCGAGUCUGCCCACGGCACGAACCCCGCUUCGGCAGCAAUGGCGGGAAUGCGUGUAGUGACGAUCAAGUGUGAUACCAAAGGGACCGGUAACCUGGACAUUGCCGACCUCGAAGCCAAGUGCGAAAAGUACAGUGAGGAGCUGGGUGCCUUUAUGGUGACCUACCCAUCGACGUUUGGAGUGUUCGAACCGGAGGUCAAGAGAGCGUGUGAGAUUGUGCACAAGCAUGGUGGUCAAGUGUACAUGGACGGUGCCAACAUGAACGCACAAAUUGGACUUUGCUCACCGGGCGAGAUUGGUGCUGAUGUCUGCCAUCUCAACCUCCACAAAACAUUCUGCAUUCCUCACGGAGGAGGUGGUCCUGGAGUAGGACCCAUUGGCGUUGCAGAGCACCUCGCUCCAUUCUUGCCCGGCCACCCACUUGUGGCCAACGUGGGUGGAAAGCAAGCUACUGCGCCAGUGUCCGCUGCCCCAUGGGGUUCCGCGAGCAUUCUGCCCAUCUCCUGGGCAUACAUCAAGAUGAUGGGCGCUCGUGGACUCACCCACGCCACGAAGAUCACCCUCCUCAAUGCCAACUACAUCAUGUCUCGGCUGCAGAAGGAUGGGCAAUAUGACAUUGCCUUCACCAACGCCAACAAACGCUGCGCUCACGAAUUUAUCCUCGAUACCCGCAACUUCAAGAAAUCCUCGGGAAUCGAAGUCAUCGAUAUCGCGAAGCGUCUGCAGGAUUAUGGUUUUCACUCGCCGACCAUGUCCUGGCCCAUCUCCAACACGCUCAUGAUUGAGCCGACCGAAUCGGAAUCCAAGGACGAACUCGAUCGUUUCUGCGAUGCCUUGUUGUCGAUUCGGCAAGAGAUUCGCGAGAUUGAGAAUGGGUCGCAGCCUCGCGAAGGCAAUGUGCUCAAGAUGGCGCCGCACACGCAGCAAGACCUCAUCACGUCCGAGUGGGAUCGUCCGUACAGCCGUGAGAAGGCUGCCUAUCCUCUGCCAUGGCUCAAGCAGAAGAAGUUCUGGCCCAGUGUGACCCGAUUGGACGAUGCGUAUGGAGAUACCAAUCUGUUCUGCAGCUGUGCACCAGGCGGUACUGUCGAGGAUCAGCCGGUCCAAUCGACCUAAGCCUGCACAUGCAUCCUCCCUGUCUCUGCUGCUCGUGUCCGGAGUGCGGUUAGUGUCUCGAGCGGGGGGGAUGCAGUAGAUGGACCAGGGGAGAAUUCACAGCGAUAGAUUUCAACACACCUUUUACGAUGACCUCUGUAGGCAACUACGAGACUUUCAACAGCGUUCAAGCGAGGCGUUCGGCAUACUCUUCACCGGGUGUGUUCAGGGGAUAAGAUGGUAUGGUAUGGUGUGGAACGGAUCGUUUUUCACAUGGGAUGAAAAUGGAGUUGGGUUAUACUCAUAGGAUGAGGAUGAUGCCGAUGUCCUUCCCGACUACAGGUACCCAGACAGAUGUGCUCAGCGAAUGGGCACAGAGUAAUCAAAAUCGAUGCUGCGUCGAC